CGGCGUCGCCGACAUUGAGUUGAGAGCCGAGUUUAUGCAAUCGCACGCCGAGUCUCUCCCAGCAGUUCUCUCAACUGGCACAUCACCUAACGACUUACUCUAUAUAACUCGUUUUCUUGUGAAAUAAUUUUUAGAAAAUGAAACAAAUAAUAACAAUAUAUUUAUCCAUUUUGCUGUCUAGUUGUUGUGCCCGCGUUGAUAUAGAGAAAUAUCUAAAGGUGUGCGACAGAAACUCUGUGGAUGUAAAUGAUUGUCUGGUAGAAGCCGUGCAAGAUGGACUGGAAGCCUUAGCGAAUGGCAUUGAGGAUUUGGGGGUGCCAGCAGUAGACCCCUAUCAUCAGAAAGAACUGCGGGUCGAGUAUAAGAAUAAUCAGAUUAUUGCUAAAAUGUCUAUGAAAGACAUAUUCGUGUACGGUUUGAGAGGAGCUAAAGUGCAUGAUACUAGACUCCGUGCAGAUGAAGACCGGUUCCACAUGGAGAUCGACAUGACAUCGCCGAAGGUGUUCGUCACGGGGCAGUAUGAAGGAGAGGGCCGGUACAACUCGCUGCGCAUUAAUGCACAUGGCACUUUUAAUGCUACUAUGUCUGAUUUAGUAUUUACUUGGAAAUUAGACGGAAUACCAGAGACGAGGGACGACAAGACUUACGUUAGAAUCAAUUCAUUCUACAUGAGGCCAGACGUUGGGAACAUUGAAUCAUAUCUUACUAACAACAACCCGGAGACGAGGGAACUGACAAAUUUGGGAAAUCGAUUUUCAAACAGCAAUUGGAGAGCAUUGUACAGAGAGUUCCUGCCCUUUGCGCAAGACAACUGGAAUAAAAUAGGUAUUCGCGUGGCUAACAAGAUAUUUUUGAAAGUACCCUACGAUCAGCUAUUUCCUGCUAAUGCCUGAAUAUAUGUAGAUAAUCAUUUAAAAUAAUAAUAAUAAUCUAAUAUAAUCAUUUGCUUUUGUCAGUGGCAGUCUAUUAGAUCAUCUCUAACAUUUCCGAAGCCCUAUACUGAAUCGAAGGAAAGUCUUCUACCAAAUCUUCAUAUUUAAACGAAGAAAAAUGUCCGGCAGGUAGCGCUACUGUCGCUGCAAACAAUGUGACCUAUCUGUUCUUGAAUGGUCUCUACUUGAUUUUAAAGUCUAUUACGAUGUGGUUAGCUUAGUUUAGCAUUAUUUAAGUGGUACGGAAAAUAAUAUUUUGCUGUGAUAUUAACAUGUAGUAAGUAAGUACUUAUGUAUUAUAUAGAAAUUAUAUUAUUGAUUUCUAUGAAACUUUUUAUAUCAAUUUCGUACUUAGGUUAAGAAAGUGUCCUUAAAAUCAAAUAUGAAUUAAAAUCUUACCAUUAUACAUAAGUAACCUAUAGAUUUCUACAUAGACAUACAAGUGUUAAAGAAAGAGGGAUAUGGGGCAAAACAUGUUUAUCAGUGUCGGCAUAGUAAAAGAAACACAAAAAAUAUUAUUGUUUUUAUUCCUUAGAUACAGCCAAGAGUCACGAAAUUCAAAAGAUAACAUUUAGCUAUUAGGAUAGUGGGAUUGGUAUUCAGGUAUAGAGAUAGUGAUAGGUUGCUUAUGACAAGCAUCUCUAGUUUUUUGCUCUUUCCCUUGAUUGACUUCUACAGCCUGCUGCAACAGUUGGCACAUUCUAUGGUUUUUGCUGGGUAUACCUGCUAUAGAGUGUGCUAGUAUCGAAUUACGCUGUUACACAUGUUUUGUCCCUAUCUUUCUCUGAUAGUGAAAAAACAAGUGCAAAUAGACUUAAUUAAAUAAAUUAUAUCUAAAAGAUUGUGAUUUGUUUAUGAAUAAGACUGUAUGAAAAUUUAUUGAACGUUACUAAAUAUAACGGCCCAGAGAAGAUUAAAUGAAAUUCGAUAUUAAUGUCAUAUAAAUUAAGGAACAAGUACUAAAUUGUAACAGUUACAAAUUACUUUAACAUGUAAUAUUUGGUCGUAUAUUGUUUGAAAUGAAGCGAAUAUUUCACUACGUUGUCAAAUUAAAUAAAUGAAGUAUGAAAAAAAGUAAAAA